GCGGGGGCAGGCUGAGGGUCUCUGGGCUCAGCGGGGCGGCGCGGGCAGCGGCAGUGUCUCUCGGGCCGGCGGCAGCGCUCUGCCCGUCGGUGUCACCACGGCGGGCGGCGGCUAUCCCCACCGGCCCGGGGCCGGAGCCGCGCCCCCCGCGGAGCUCGCAGGCAGAGCUUCCCUCCUCCUGUCCUCCAGCGCCCCGGCCUCCGCCCGCCCCCGCUGAGCCCUUCUCCGCCCCGGAGCCAGUCGGGCUCCUCCCGCGGGCAUGAACGGCUAUGGCUCCCCGUACCUCUAUAUGGGCGGCCCGGUGUCGCAGCCCCCGCGGGCUCCGCUGCAGCGAACGCCCAAGUGCGCCCGGUGCCGCAACCAUGGAGUGCUGUCCUGGCUGAAGGGGCACAAGCGCUACUGCCGCUUCAAGGACUGCACCUGCGAGAAGUGCAUCCUCAUCAUCGAGAGGCAGCGGGUGAUGGCCGCGCAGGUGGCUCUCCGCCGGCAGCAGGCCAACGAGAGUCUGGAGAGCCUCCUCCCAGACUCCUUGCGCUCCCUCCCGGGGCCGCCGGGCAGCGCCGAACCCCCCACGCCGCCGCCGGGGCCGCCGCCCUGCGCGGCACCACCGCGGGCCCCCGCCGAACUGGCCGCCGCCGCCGCCCUGCGCUGGGCCACCGAGCCGCCCCCCGCGCUCCCGGUGCCGCUCUCCAAGGCAGACAUGAAUGAGGAGAGGUUGGGUGAUGCCAGUGGAGCAGACAAUGCUGAGACCUACAGCGACAAAGACACAGACCAAAGGAGUUCCCCAGACAUGACUAAAGCCAAAAGCUGUUUCACCCCUGAAAGCCCUGAAAUUGUUUCAGUGGAUGAGGUCGGUUACGCAGUUCAGAAAAAUGGUGGGAGCACAGAGAAUCAUCCAGACAGCCCCAAGUACCACCCAGAGCAGAACCACCUCCUGAUAGAAGGUCCUUCUGGGACAGUUUCUUUACCAUUUAGUUUGAAAGCAAACAGACCUCCACUUGAAGUCUUGAAAAAGAUCUUCCCUAAUCAAAAGCCAGCUGUGCUAGAGUUGAUCCUGAAGGGGUGUGGUGGUGAUCUGGUGAGUGCUGUGGAGGUUCUCCUGUCUAGUCGGUCUUCGGUGGCCAGUGGGGAGAGAACUUCUGCAGAAUCCGAUGGUCUUGUUUUGCCUUCCAACGGGCACAUUUUUGAACACACGCUGAGUUCCUACCCUAUUUCAUCUUCCAAGUGGUCCGUGGGCUCAGCAUUUAGGGUUCCUGACACGCUAAGGUUCUCUGCUGAUUCCAGUAAUGUCAUGCCAAAUCCUCUGGCUGUACCUCUGCAGCACCCUUUCCCUCAACCACCACGCUACCCGCUGAUGUUGAGGAACACUUUGGCAAGAAAUCAGUCCAGCCCGUUCCUGCCCAAUGAUGUCACCCUGUGGAACACCAUGACACUGCAGCAGCAGUACCAGCUGCGGUCCCAGUAUGUCAGUCCUUUCUCUAGCAACACAACCACAGUUUUCCGAAGCUCACCUGUACUUCCUUCCCGCUCGUCAGAGGAUCCUAGGAUCUCAAUUCCUGAUGAUGGGUGUCCUAUUGUGUCUAAGCAACCAAUUUACACAGAAGAUGAAUAUGAGGAAAGGUCUGAUUCUUCAGACUCAAGAAUACUCAACACAUCUUCUUAGACUGACAUUUGACGUGUGAUAGCUAAGUGAUACUCACAGUGCAGCUGAACUACUGGCCCCUAAGAGGGGGGACACAUACUCUAUGAAACUCUUGCAAUUGUAUUAAAAAGUGACUUUGCUUGGUAUUAUACUAUAGCAAUAAAGACAUAACUUUUUAAAUUUCUUGCACUUCACUGGAUAAUGCCAAAUAGCAAUACUCUGGCUUUAGUGCUGAGUCUGUAUUACAAAGGAAGACUUUAUGGCUAUUGGUUAUGGGACUCUGGAAGGCUCAUAAUGGAAACAGAAGCCCAAGGUCUACUUUGUUCCUUAACUCAGAAAAAUGGGGAUGUUAAACUAGAAUACUUGAAUGCUGUUUUAUAAGAGAGAACUCCUCAGGACAUAAGAAAUCAAAUAAACAUAAUUCAAUUGCAAAUGGACUAAAACAAGGAACUUACAAUCUUAUGCCAGUGAUCAUAAAAAAAGCAGAAGAAAGAAAUAUGCACAUGCAACUAAUAUGAGCUCCUUCUGUGCCGUUUGAGCUUGGACACUUUUCAGAGAAAUAUUAUUAAGAGUUAUUCUUUUCCCAUGGCUAGGUCGAAAUGUGUAAUGUCAGUGUAAAACCAAUUACAGCUGUGAAUUGCAUGAAGUGUAUUGUGAAAUGAACACCAGAUUAAGCAUUGUCAGGUUAAUGUAGCAUGCUAAGGACUCUAGAAAAAUAAACUAAGAUCAUGAUCUUGGUUUAUGUCAUUUAUACUGGGCAAAUACAUUCUGAAGACAGAGAGCUGAUUAAUCCUCAGGCAGGGUUAAAAUGUCCAGCUCCAGCAACUGCAGUCAAGGAAAGCCUCUUUUUCCAAGUCUGGGUUCUGCUUCCCUGCCGAGUAGUUUGCAACUGAGAUGAGGCAAAUGUUGUCAUCAGGGAAGCUGAGGUCUUGAGUAUGUACUGCAGACAAUUCCAAGCUCAGCUGAGUAAAGUAGAGCUUGCUACAGUCACAGAAAGCAGAAAACAAAAGGCUCUCCCAGUGCUUCAGAAGCAUCUUUUUUUCCUAUACUGUAGAAGUAGAAAAAAAAGGAAAUAGAAUGUAAUAGCAGGCCUUUCUUUAAAAUAGUAUUUAGCCAAAUGGCAACUUCCCUAAAUGUAGAAAAGUAUUGGUUUGAACAAUUUAUUGCAUGAUUGCAUGCAUUGAUUACACUGCAUAUCUUAUGUGUGUCUGAGUAACAUUAGGAAUUGCUUCUGGUGAGGAAUGCCACUAAGUUAACUGUUCACUUAGAAGUUCGUUAAGGUUCUAGUGUCAUUUUUUCAACUGCUCACAACUGACAACAUAUGCUUGACAAGUGACUUGUACAAAACACAGCUCUGAAUGCAGAUGAAAUGACUGUCAGACCUUCAGGUGUAUGGAUUAGUCCCACAUUUCAGAAAAAUGUUGAGGCUGCCCUGAAGUUAAACCCUAAAGAAGAUGCGCUUUAAAACUGUUAUACACAUAUCAGGCAUGUUAUCCAGUGUCAUUGUUGAUAUGAAUGCCUGUCUUCUCAUUUGGCAUUUCUUGUUUCACAAGUCUCAUGCACACAGUGAAUCUUUCAUUUUAUCAAGGUACUGAACACGCACAGAAAGGAGAAUAAAAUAAUGAUUUUGUUUUCCUUAGGGGAUAAAUUAACAGAAAGAUACUUUAUCUUGCAUAACUUUUCAUCUCUUCAGAAAAGCAUUUUAUUGGUAAUGCUACAGAGCAAAGACUUAAAAGCAGGGGAAGGGGGGAAAGAAAAUAAAUAGGUUCUUUUAUGGAAGUGUAAAUGUGAAAGCAUCUAAAAUUUUCCUAAAUGAAGAAUUUCAGUUGUGUCCUGACAGAUUUGCCUGCAUUCACAUGGAACUUGUAAACAAAUUCACCUUACAGCUACUCCAGAGAGAAAAGUAAUAAGUAAAAUAUAUUUGAUGUUGCAAACAGAAAGGCAUGAGGUAGUGAAAUGCUGUGCUACAAGACUGCAGAGGAAUUAAGUGUCAAAGACUAGAUAAGAGCAGUUAGGUCCAGGAGCUCUGAUUUUGAGCGGAUUUCCUUCCUGCAGAAACCUUUGUAUAGGCAUCCCUGUAUAUUAAAUGAAAUCUGCAUGGGCUUUA